GAGGCCGGCGGACGCACCGGCCGGAGGGAGCGCGCCGCCGGCCGACUUGGCCUGGCUCCCGGAGCCGGGCAGCGAUCGCGGCGGCGCGGCCGGGCUGGAGGCGCGGGGCCCGAUCGAGUGGCGGCAGCAGCGGCGGCGGCGGCCAUCGGAGCUGCGCGAUCCGGGCGGCGGCGGCGGCGGCCGGGAGCGGGCUCCGGGCGCCGGGCUCCGGGCGGGUGCCGGGGCGCGGCGCGUCGGGAAGAUGACCGCGGGUUCCGGCGUGCUCCUCGUGCUGCUGUCGCUCUCUGGCGCGCUCCGGGCCCAUAAUGGGGAUGUUACAGCCAGGGAGACCUGCAAGGCUGGAUUCUCUGAAGAAGACUACACGGCAUUAAUCUCGGAAAAUAUUCUGGAAGGAGAGAGGCUACUCAAAGUCACGUUCAGCAGCUGUUUGGGGACCAAGGGGACGUGGUAUGAGACCAACAGCCUGGACUUCAAAGUGGAGGCGGACGGGACGGUCUUUGCCACGCGGGAGUUGCGGAUCCCCUCCGAGCAGGUGGCGUUCACCGUGACCGCGUGGGACCGCCAGACGGCCGAGCGAUGGGACGCCGUGGUGCGCCUGCUGGUGGCCCAGCCCUCGUUCGCCCACUCCACACACAAGAAAGGGAAGCAGAGUGCUGCUCUGGACGCCUCCCAGCCUCCCAGUGACAUGCUGUUGCCGUGGCCCCAGCACCGGAACGCCAACGGGCUGAGAAGACAGAAACGUGACUGGGUCAUCCCACCGAUCAACGUGCCGGAAAAUUCCCGCGGGCCCUUCCCACAGCAGCUCGUGCGGAUCCGGUCUGACAAAGACAAUGACAUUCCCAUCCGGUACAGCAUCACGGGCGUGGGUGCCGACCAACCCCCCAUGGAGGUCUUCAGCAUCGACUCUAUGUCUGGACGGAUGUAUGUCACUCGGCCCAUGGAUCGGGAGGAACGAGCCUCCUACCACCUCAGAGCGCACGCAGUGGACAUGAACGGCAACAAGGUGGAGAACCCCAUCGACCUGUACAUCUAUGUCAUCGACAUGAAUGACAACCGUCCCGAGUUCAUCAACCAGGUCUACAACGGCUCCGUAGACGAGGGUUCCAAGCCAGGCACCUAUGUGAUGACCGUCACGGCCAAUGACGCGGACGACAGCACCACGGCCAACGGGAUGGUGCGGUACCGGAUCGUGACCCAGACCCCGCAGAGCCCGUCCCAGAACAUGUUCACCAUCAACAGCGAGACGGGGGACAUUGUGACCGUGGCAGCUGGCCUGGACCGAGAGAAAGUUCAGCAGUACACCGUCAUCAUCCAAGCCACAGACAUGGAGGGGAACCUCAACUACGGCCUCUCGAACACAGCCACGGCCAUCAUCACGGUGACGGACGUGAAUGACAACCCGCCGGAGUUCACGGCGAGCACGUACGCUGGGGAGGUCCCCGAAAACCAGGUGGAGGUGGUGGUCGCAAACCUCACUGUCAUGGACCGAGAUCAGCCCCACUCGCCCAACUGGAAUGCCUUCUACCGCAUCAUCAGCGGGGACCCCUCAGGACACUUCAGCAUCCGCACGGACCCCGUCACCAACGAGGGCAUGGUCACCGUGGUGAAGGCAGUAGACUACGAGCUGAACAGAGCGUUCAUGCUGACUGUGAUGGUGUCCAACCAGGCGCCCCUGGCCAGUGGGAUCCAGAUGUCCUUCCAGUCCACGGCAGGAGUGACCAUCUCCGUCAUGGACAUCAACGAGGCGCCCUACUUCCCCUCCAACCACAAGCUGAUCCGCCUGGAGGAAGGUGUACCCACCGGCACCGCACUGACCACGUUUUCGGCAGUGGACCCUGACCGGUUCAUGCAGCAGGCCGUGAGGUACUCCAAGCUGUCGGACCCAGCAAAUUGGCUGCACAUUAACGCCACCAACGGUCAGAUCACCACAGCAGCCGUCCUUGACCGCGAGUCCCUCUACAUCAGAAACAACGUCUAUGAGGCCACCUUCCUGGCAGCUGACAACGGGAUCCCCCCAGCCAGCGGCACCGGGACCCUCCAGAUCUAUCUAAUCGACAUCAAUGACAACGCCCCCGAGCUGCUGCCCAAGGAGGCACAGAUCUGCGAGAAGCCCAGCCUGAACGCCAUCAACAUCACAGCGGCCGAUGCCGACGUUGACCCUAACAUCGGCCCCUAUGUCUUCGAGCUGCCCUUCGUCCCGGCCGCUGUGCGGAGGAACUGGACCAUCACCCGCUUAAACGGUGACUACGCCCAGCUGAGCCUGCGCAUCCUGUACCUGGAGGCUGGCGUGUACGACGUCCCCAUCACCGUCACCGACUCCGGGAACCCCCCGCUGUCCAACACGUCCAUCAUCAAGGUCAAGGUGUGCCCGUGCGACGAGAAUGGGGACUGCACCACCGUCGGCGCGGUGGUCGCGGCCGGUCUGGGCACCAGCGCCAUUGUGGCCAUCCUCAUCUGCAUUGUCAUCCUGCUCACCAUGGUCCUGCUGUUCGUCGUGUGGAUGAAGCGCAGGGAGAAGGAGCGUCACACCAAGCAGCUGCUCAUCGACCCCGAGGACGAUGUGCGUGACAACAUCCUCAAGUACGACGAGGAAGGGGGCGGUGAGGAGGACCAGGACUACGACCUCAGCCAACUGCAGCAGCCUGAGACCAUGGAGCACGUGCUGAGCAAGGCCCCCGGCGUGCGGCGGGUGGACGAACGGCCCGUGGGCGCCGAGCCCCAGUACCCUGUCAGGCCUGUGGUGCCCCACCCGGGAGACAUCGGGGACUUCAUCAACGAGGGACUCCGCGCCGCCGACAACGACCCCACAGCACCCCCCUACGACUCCCUGCUGGUCUUCGACUACGAAGGGAGCGGCUCUACGGCAGGCUCCGUCAGCUCCCUGAACUCGUCCAGCUCCGGGGACCAAGACUACGAUUACCUGAAUGACUGGGGGCCCAGGUUCAAGAAGCUGGCGGAUAUGUACGGAGGGGGUGAGGAGGACUGAGCAGCAUCUCCUCCCCGAAUGCCAGCGGAGCGGGACCGUGGGAGGCGCCGGGCUCCCCGACUCCCUGCAGACGUGUCAUUUAGUGGUGUGUUAGGGGGUCCCUCCCCGCCCCAGCCCCCCCAACAGUAAGCUGUCUGGCAUGAACACUUCUCGCCCCGCGGCGCACCCCCCACCACAGGAGCUGACUAGCACUGAAGGACAGCGAGAGGCACUCUGUCUUAACUUGAAUUUCUUAGAACAGAAGCACUGUUUUUUAAAAAAAAAAAAAAAAAAAAGAAAGUGCCUUUUGGUACAUGUAUCAGAUUCCCUCAAACUCAGGAGUGACGAAAAGCAAGCAGACAGACCACGUACAUCCCCCCAACCCCAGUCCUGAGCACCCCCAGCCCCAGCUAGUCCCAGCUCUGAAGACACCAAUUAAGGAAUUGGGGAGAA